AUGCCUUCUUCCAUCAACCGUUCAGGUAGCAUCUCGGAGCUGCUGGAGCCCGCCAUGGAAGGCCCUCCAUCGCCAGAGACACUCCGGGCCAUCAGCAACCAGAUGCGACUUGCUUCGACCACGGACAAGCACCAGAGCCAACAGAGCCAACAGAGCUACCAAAGCCACCAAAGCCACCACAGCCGCGAAAGCCACCAGACAACCUCUUCCGGAUCGUCGUCGCUGCGGUCACUGACGUCCGUGGACCGUCCAUCGUGGGACAAGUCCUUUGACAACAGCUCCAGCCUCUCGCGCAAGUCCUCUAGCCGGUCAACAAGCAGCACAGCACCCCGUGACCGUCAUGAAAGUGUGCAGAUUUUCGGCAAGAAUAUCUUCGGCAAGCGUGGCAUAUUGCGUCGAGAGAGCAGCGCGCCGAGCUCAUCCAACAGCUCGCUCCAUUCAGCCGAGCUGCCUUUCGAGAAGGGGAUCGCCAUCUCGUCGCCGCCCCCGCCACCAUUGCCUGCCGCUUCGUCAAACGCGCUGCCUACAAGCAACGCGAUGCCGUCUUUCUUCAGCCGUCGGCGAGCAGCAAACAAGUCGGGCCCGCCUAUCGAGGACCUGGAUGGACGCCGCCGUCUUCAAAUCUCAGGACCGUACAACUUCCAGCACUUGACGCACACCCAUAAAGAGCAACUCCCCAACCUGCAAAGAGGUAGCCGCGUUGCCCUGCAGUCCGAAUUCGCCUUGUCGCAGUCUGCCGCGCCCCCCGUUGACGGUAAGCUGCUGGGCAUCCAGGCCGAGAGCCUGCACUUUCCCAACUUCUCGUCGGAAACCCUGCCCAUCGACGAGGAUGCCGUUCUUGCCACGGUUCCGCGGCGGUCGGUUAUGCGGCCACAUGCAGCGUCCGUCUCGUCGGUCUACCCUCCGCCGCAGCUCAACUACACCAAGUCCCAGGACCAGCUGCGGAUUCCGCCACCGCGGCCACCACGAUCGCCUGCUGAGGCGUCGUCCUUCUCUCCUCCAAUCCCGCCCCCUCGGUUUUCGAGCCGGGCCUCUCUCCGCCCUGGAGAUUUGGACUCGAUGGCGACCAGCCCUCCCCGGAUGGAGCGUCCACGCACAAGCGGCGGUUUCCGCCAGCCAACGCCCUCGGUACACCCGUAUGCGGAUAUGCCGCGCCCACCUCUGAUGCACUCGCAUUCGUACUCGGCGGACACGAACGUGCCCUCAUUUGUGGACACACGCCGCUUCUCACAGAUGCCAGAGGUGUUUAUCCCUCCCUCAGCUGUUGCCGCUACCACUACUGCCGCCACCUCCCCGUCGGCCACACCCGACGACUCGAACUGGCCCCUGGCUGCCCCGGCAGCCGCCUCCGCCUCCACGUCUACGUUUGACAUCCUGCCUGGUGUUCCGGAGGAAGAGGAGCAAGUGUACAACCAGCGUAACAGCGUGCGCAAGUCGCGCAUGAGCGUAGCAAGCAACAGGUCGUCCCUGCGCAAGAGCCACUCGCUGCCACUUCUUCAACAGUUCCCUGUGCCACAGUCGUCCAAUGUCCAGCGCCCGCCGAGCGCGGCAUCCGAUACCUUGGGCCGCUUCGACCUCAUAGCUGCGCAGCGGUUGAUGCGCGAGGAGAGCCAGCCUCAUAACGACGAUGACGACUCGUUUGCCAAGGCCAACUGGGAGGACGACAUCGAUUACUGCUACGAGCACGAGAUUGAGGCCGAUUGCGAAUACGCUUGGGACCGCCCCUCCAUGGAUCUUUCUCGCGAGGAGGCUCUUGCAGGUGUGUCUGUCCACGAGAACAACAAGGAUGGUCAUGCGGUCAUCCACGCCUCCAAGACGGCGGCCAUGGCACACGCCUCGCCGCAUCUGCUGAGCCCCGGCUGCUUUGACAUGCCGGCUCUCAGCCCGGCCAGCCAGUCCUCGAUGGUCUCCAUGAACGAGGCUGUGACGCCCACGGCUCUGUCCAUGCGCCGGCCGCCUGGCCUGACGAUCCAGACCGGUGCGCCGGAGGAGGACGCGCUGCGGCCGAUGCAGCGGUUCUUCCACGGCCGCAGCGGGUCACGCGGCUCGCGUGCGUCGAGCUUCAAGGAAUCGCACGGCUUCAAUCUCUCGCCGAGCCUGUUUAUCCCCGGCAACGACAACUACGAGCAGUUCCGCCCGCCGGUUCGCGGUGCGCCCGUCGGCUUCGCCAUCGGUGCGGAAGAGGAGGACGAGAUGCCGACAUACGUGGAGUCCACGAUGACCAUGAACAAGUCGAUGCUUUUCAUCCCGGCGCGCACGAGUGCAUCGACGACAGCCAGCCACGAGUCCCGCGACUCCGUCCUGUCCGACCGGCACAUCUCGGCCAACUCCACGGCGACGGAUCUUACCCGCCUGACCAUGAGCACUGCCUCGAUCGAGGACCUCAUGUACAAGAAGGACCUCGAGGUCCCUCAGAUCUAA